AUGGCACCCAAGGCGGAGAAGAAGCCCGCCGCCGACACGGCAACGGAGGAGAAGAAGACGGCGGGGGAGAAGGCUCCCGCAGAGAAAAAGCUGAAGGCGGGGAAGAGGUUGCCUCCCAAGGACGCAUCCGGCGAGAAGAAGAAGAAGACGAAGAAGGGCGUGGAGACGUACAAGAUGUACAUCUUCAAGGUGUUGAAGCAGGUCCACCCCGACAUCGGCAUCUCCAGCAAGGCGAUGGGAAUCAUGAACAGCUUCAUCAACGACAUCUUCGAGAAGCUCGCUCAGGAGGCUUCCCGUCUUGCUCGAUACAACAAGAAGCCCACCAUUACCUCCCGGGAGAUUCAGACCUCCGUCCGCCUCGUCCUCCCUGGCGAGCUGGCGAAGCAUGCAGUAUCUGAGGGCACCAAGGCGGUCACCAAGUUUACGAGCGCCUAA